UUAGGGUCAAUUUUCUUUGUAGGCUCCAUUUGAGAAGGAAAACUAUUCCAUCAAAAGAGAAAUAUAAUGAGUCCCCUUAUGAGAAAAACAUUAAAAGAAUGGCGUCGUGGAGGAGGAAAGAAAAUGAACGAAUUCAGCAAGCAGAAGAGCGGCAAUUGAUGUUAAGUCUCACAAAAAGCCUGUGUUCCCGGAGCCGACGCUGUUUCACACCUAACAACUCUCAGCAAUAUCCAAAUCUGCAGUCUUUUGAACGGCUUUCUGAAUUUGACUGUAAUGCUUGGAUGAAACCUUACAAACAACUUUAUGCAGGUCCCUACACUGUAAUGGAGGAGACUACUAUCAAUCUCGCUAGAGAUUUCCCUUACAGGCUGGCCUGGGGAACAUCACCCACACCGGACUUCAGCAUAAAACUGUAUCACUCCAGGAUAAAGUUCAAGAAGGAAGGUGAAUCAGGCACCAUUCCUAUACACAAAAAUCUGCAACCAACAAAAUCAAUCCCAGAAAAAGGGAGAUUCGUCUUAGUAUCUGACCCAAUUCCAACAUCUUCUGUCCCUACUCCAACUCCACUGGAGAGCAAGUUACUCAGUGUUCGUUUCCCCAGACUGAAAGACAAGAUUUUUCAAUCUCUGCUCUCAGACAUGCAGGAAUCUUCUUGCUAGUCUUUCCUGUUUUCAGCACCACUUCCUUUGUUCCGUCCAGUAGCAAGUUCCUAGGAGUUCAGCUUCUCAGACUGUAGAGCAUAGGAUCUUCAUCUUGUGUGGGUAACGCUACCUCCCUUCCUGUUAUUUGAAGAGGUAACCAAGGUCUCCAGUUACUUAACAACACCACUGCCUGGUGUUGUUGUUGUUGUUGUAGUAUGAAAUUUUUAUGAGGUGCUGUUUGCUUCUCUUAAUCUAUUCACAUGAAUACUUUAUAACUAAUUUCCUCAGUACCUAAAUAUGUAGCAAAUAGUCACUAAUGGCAAAAGAGGAGUACAUUUUGCUCCUAUUAAUUACUAAUUGUUUGGAAAACCGGAGAUCUGAUUUGAACAGAUGUUUUAUUGUCUAAAGUUCUAAGAAAAUUGGCUUUACAACAAAGUAAUAUAUACCUCUUUUAUGCCCAUUUUAUUUGGGCCUCAGGGGGGACUUUCAGCAUUUCCUUACAUACUAUACUUGUUUUCUUUCCUAUCCUUCCAUUCAUAUGCAAGAAGUAGUUCAUGACUUGGAUCCAGAGGAGUAUUUGCGUGCAAAUAUUUCCACCUAUGGAGCCUGCCUUUUUUGCCUCCUUCCUCCCACUGCAGUCCCAAAUGCCCCCUUGAACAUUGAUCAGGAGAGUCUCCUGUCUCCAGGAGUGACAUUUCAGGGGGCAUUUGAGGCUACAACAGGAGAAGGGAGGAAAGAUAGUCAGGAUCUGUAGGCGCAAUCCUUGCACCCACAGAAACUCUACUCUGCAUCUAAGCCAUUUGGCUUGUAUCCUAUCACGCUGGUUAGCAAAGUUUGAUGCCUCCCUAAAGCCUGAAGAGCCUUCCUCUGAGAGAAGGAAUGGUUCCAUCAGAGCAAUAGUAGUUGGAGGAAGGCUCCUUAGGCUGGUUUCAGACUUUGCUGAGCAGAAUGGUAAGAUAUAAACUCCAAUCUAUUGUUCCUUACAAAUAAGCUUUAAACUGUCAUUGUCUUGUUCACACCCCCUCCACCUCAAAUGCAUGGUCCAUCUGUGUGCUUGUUUUCCCUUCUUGUCUGAUGAACUAGCACUUACACGGAAAGGCUCCAUUCCUACUGACAAACUUUGAGUGAUGUCUGAAAUUGAUUUAUACGGCUGAAUACUGAGGAGGACAGUCAAACUGACUUCCCCUUCUCCUUCUAUUGCUCCUCAUUUCACUUCACUGUUAUCCAGUACUUAGGCUGCUUCCUCUAGCUUGGGUCAUGUCCAGCUUUGGAACUCGCCUGAGACAAAAAAUGCUUCAUAAAAUGGAGUGCAGUGAGGUAAAGAAGGGGAGAGUUUAAUGUUCUGUUUGGUAUAAAAAAAAAAAAACCAGACCACCCACUCUGCUUUUCACAAAGAAGAUAGAAAAUGAACAACUACAAUCAUUCUGUGAGUCUUGUUUCAGAUGGUCUAUCCUUCUGACAUCUUGAUUUAAGAUGGCAUCAAAUACCACUAGGCCCUCUCUCUUUAAGCGAUACAAAAUCAGAACAAAAAGUAUAGCUGAGACUGAACACCUUUGUUUUAAUCUCUUAAUCUCAGCAAUUUGCUAUUGAAGCUGAUCAAUAUAAUUUAAUUUAGAUUUAUUAAAAAAUAAGAUACAUUUAAGAAUUA